UUUUAGUUAUCAUCGAUCUUUUGUAUAUGAUAUUUAGUUAUCUAGUUCACUCUUGAAAAUCAUUUCUUCUUGUUCUUCAAUCCAUUGUUAAAUCCUCCUCUUGUUCUUUCGAUCCCUUGUUAAAUCCAGGUUUCAUGUAAUAUGGUGGUGUUACAACAUAAGCAUUCACUAUUUCUUAUCGAUUUAAAUCCAAAAUAUCCACGUGAUGAACAAGUAUAUGAUGAUGAGGAAGAUUUGAUAAUCAAACAAGCCUUUCAAUGUCUAUGUGCUCGUUGCGAACAAGAAAUCACUUACUUACACAGGUAUUACUAUAAAUGUGAUCAAUGUGAUUAUUCACUUCACAAAUUAUGUGAAAAAAUUCCAACAAAGUUGCAACAUGCCUCGCAUAGUGCACAUUCUCUUACCCUCUUUCUAGAUGAGUCGCUAGGGCAGUGCCAUACAUGCAAAAGUACUCCUCUGUAUAAACAACUGAAAUAUCAAUGUUCUAGGUGUAUGUUUAACAUAUGUUUACAUUGUGCUACGGGUGAUGUACAAUACCAUAUUAUAUAUCACCCGAGCCACCAACACCCACUAAUUCCUGUGUGUAGACAGAGACAAAUUUUGACAGAAUGUGAUGCUUGUGGAAAGGAACAUAAAGGGGUCUUCUAUGAAUGUAUCACAUGUUUUCAUUUUCUUAUCCAUAAGGAUUGUGUUUUCCAGCAGAAAAGGUUGUUAAUUCAAGAUGGUACAUAUGGCCGUUUCUCUCAUACUCAUCCACUCGUUCUAACUUACUCUUUUCCGAUAGUGGAUCAAAAGGCUAAAUUUUAUCCUACGUGUAGGGUAUGUGAUAACUCCUUUUCUGAAAAUGAAAAUCUUUGGGUUUAUAAGUGUGAUAAAUGUAGAUAUUAUGCUCACACGGAUUGUGCAAAUGCAAUACAUAAACCUUCGAGUUCCAAUUCAGAAUCCAAUGAAGAUUCAGGUUAUGUUUCAACUUUCGAAGAGUAUAAAGAGUUAAAAGAUGGCUGUCAUGUUCUCGAUCUCCCUCUUCCCGAUCUAAGUAAAAACAGAUUCACAGCCCUCUUCUCCAAAGAAAGUAAUGAAAUGACCAUAGCUCAUAAUUGUCAUGAACAUCCACUGAUUUUAGUGGAUUCACGAUGCAAUGAUGUUACAAAGGUUGAAGAUUUAUGCAAUGGAUGUGACUCACAAAUCACGACCGUGCCAUUUUACAAGUGCGCAAACGGAUGUAACUUCGUUCUCCACGAAUGGUGCGGCCGGUUGCCCACUCAAGUAAAAGGCCACCCAUCACGUGAGCCAGACGAUUAUCACCAUCGACAUGCCGUUGUUCUCAAGCCAAAGGAAAUGUGUAUCAGCUAUAACCCCAGGACAUUCUUAUCACAUGACGAUCUCCGUUGUCUUGUAUGCUACAACAAUUACAAUGGAUUUGCUUACCGUUGCACCAAAUGUGAUGAUUCCAUCGAUGUUUGGUGUGCACUCAUACCUAGAUUCAUCACACAUAAAUCUCACCCAUAUCACCUAUUUUUUAAAGUCCUCAAAAGGUUGGAUAAGGAUUAUUGUCGUCUGUGUUUGUCUGGUUUCACAAAUCCUGAAGAAACUUCAUUUAGUUGCUCAUUGUGUAAUUUUCAUCUGCAUCCCAAGUGUGCUUUGUUAUUACCAGAGACAACUAGGCACAAGUAUGACAAGCACCCCAUGACCUUAUGUUACAGCCCAGUUGAAGACCAUAUAGGUGACUAUUUUUGUGAAGUUUGCGAAGAGGAAAUUAAUCCAAAUGGUGCUUUCUAUCAUUGUCAUGAAUGUCUCCAGUCCAUGCAUACAACCUGUGCUCCGUUAGUACCUCUAAGCAAACCACAUAUACAUGACUUACACGUGAAAGGUAGUCAUGAAACUGAUGUUAAUUACGAGGACUUAAUCAGAUUUAAUAAAACAGUCACAAAUCUCUUCCAAAUUCCAAGUAGUUCAACGGUACCACAAGGUCCAAGUACUUCAUCUUAAUACCACGAGGUUCAAUGGUUUUUUACUGCUGAAUGGUUCACAUUCUAGACUGGGUGUCGCUGAUAUGUAAGGUGUACUUCUGAUAUGUGGAAUAUCCAUGGUUAAUUUUCAGCCGAAAACAGCAAUAAGUGCGACACCGGUGGUCUCCAUCCUCCAAAUAGUUAAUUUCGCUUUUGCUUUAAGCCUUCAUAAAGUUUAAACAACCCCUGGUGAUAAUUACGAUUGAAAGUUUAGAUUAAAAAAAUGUAUUGCUACCGAUUUAUGUGUGAUAAUAAGUAUUUAUAUAUCUAGUUGAUUAUUUAUAAUG